AUGAUGCCGAAGACAUACACAAGCGAGGAAAGCAACACUAUUUUAUUCUUCGUCGAAGCUGAUGAAGAUGCAGCUGGCAAUAGAAUUGACAAAGGCCUCUAUAUUCUUAAAGAUGGUAAAACGAAGAAAUUAUUAGAAAACGGACGUGACGCCGCUGCUUCUUCUAAUUAUAGCAAAGACGUGUGCAAAAGACAAGAUUUACAAAUACGACCCGAAGAAAAAUACAACCGUAAAAUACGAAUUACUGAAGAUGGUCGAAAGAAAGUUAAAAUGGAUGACGUUCUAAGUGCUCGAGUAAUCGUUUUAGAUUACUCUAACAAUUUAUAUUUCUAUGGUGAAAAUAAGCAACUUUAUUUUGUAAAUGCUGACGGAGUGAAGAAUAUAGAAGAUUUACUUAAGAAUUCGAAUUCAGUCCGACUUAUUAAGCCUCCUCUUGUUAAAGAAAAUGGCAUACCGUACAUGUCUGAUAAUAUUGCAUAUAUUAUUUAUGCAAAUGGAAUAAGCGAAAAGGCUGAUUUCAAUUUUGAAUCUAACGUUAUACCAUCAGCUUAUGGUAUGGAGGUGACCCUAAUUCAGUACUACGCUUAUCAUGAGAAAAUUUACGAACACAAUGUUAUUUUAUUCCCCUUUUCAGGGAUAAAUUAA